AUAAUUUUUUUUCUGUAACGAUGAACUUGGGCUCUCCGCUCAGCAGGAGAAAGACUGUGCAUGCGCUUGCAACAAAUAGGAGCAGAGACUGGACAGAGACAGCAGGGAUUCAAGCAGAGAGCUGAAUGGACCAGUAAUAACAUCAAAUGAUCUUCAAAGUAGUUAAUAAACAGCUACGACGAGAUGAUGAAUUGCGUUUGAACUUUAGGCGGGAUAGUUCUUCGCUUUUCGUCUCGAAGUCCAUGGCAAGGCAGAUCCCGAGUAAAUCAAAACACCGUAUCAUGGCAGAGAAACCAGCAAGACGUUCCAGAAGCUCUACCACUCGCACUACUACCACUAGUUCCACCAGAAGCUCGAACACUCGUGGUACUACCACUAGUUCCACCAGAACUUCGACCACACCGAUCGUUUCACACGGCGUGCAAGCUCGUGGUCGCCUAGAACAUCAAGAGGAUAACUCGGCAGUCGAGUCGCUGCCAAGAGUUCUAGAUGGAUUAGGCAGUUUACAAGGAUCGAUUGAAACUUCUCUGGAAUCUACUUCUCUGGAAUCCACAGUAUCCACCCCUUUGGUGCCGGCCGUCAUACCGACGCCAAGAAGAACGUCGACUCCAACAGUAUCUCGGGUCCUGGAGCCGCUUUACAGAACCCCGGUUGAAACUGCCAACGAUAGUGGGAGCCAAGUUAUGGAGCAGUUGCAGGCGUUUUUCGCUAGACAAGGGGAUUUUAACAGAAGAUUGGAGGAACGGCUCGAGGGACACUUGCAGGGCCAAGGGCGGGAAAACAGACCAACGGCGCAAGCGACGCGGUUUUCGAAGGCGCUUUCAGCCCACAUCAGGGAUGUCUAUUCCACUCUGACUAGUGAAGAUGGUAAAGAUCUUAAAUGGGAUCUAUCCAAAAGCUUUUCUCAUGAAGAUAACAGAGCUGUUAAUGCAGCAAUAAUAAAUGGAGUCAGAAGUACGGAUACUUCCACACCAUCAAAUGUCAUAAGAGCUGCCAUGAGGGUGCAUUUCAAGACCAAAAAAAGACAUAAAAAAAACAAAGACACCAACAGACAAGUAGAAGUGCUCCAAGACCAGCGCAUUAGGAGUAGGAAGAAUACAAAACGUUUGAAACGCUGCAAAGCUCUAUUCCAAUCUACAUCUAUUGGGGAAGAGGAAAAAGAGAAAUACCACUUGUGCCUCUCAUCUGCAGAUUACAUGUCCUCAGAACAUUCAAUGUCUGAGGACAACAGUGCUGGGAACAGCAGUUCUGAGGACGAAGCCCCCUCAAAACAAAAGGUGCUAUGUAGGAGGCCCCUUAUGUGGCGGAGCAGUGAGCUAAACUCUCUGUUUAGCCAAUUAGAUCGAAAGAGUGCAAGAAAGCGGUCACAGAGGAGUGCCUCUAUGAUGAUUGAGAGGAAAGAUGGCCCUCCAUCUACUCGAGAGGCACCAGAAGAUGCUCCAGCAUUUGCUUUGUCAUAA